UGAGGAUUAAUUUGGAAUUCUGCUGUCGGCUGAAGAAGUUUCAGCUCUUUCUGUAGUUGUUCGUGUGACUAGAGCUCCGGCGCUCCUUCUUUAACACUUUAACCCACAUGUCGCUGUUUAAUUUAAGGGUUUAGCGGUAUUUCUUUUUCUAUACAACGUGUUUCAGUGUGUGUGUGUGUGUGUGUUGGUUGUCUCUCAGCCCGAACGCGCCGUUAGAGUUAGCCUAGCCGCCGCUCCCUCCCGGCGCUCAGGAUGCCGACUGUCCGGGACAGCAGCGCCACCCACCCGGGGGAGCAUCCACACCAGGUCCGGGUCAAGGCCUACUACCGCGGCGACAUCAUGAUCACACACUUUGAGCCGUCCAUCUCAUACGAGGGUCUGUCCAGUGAGGUGAGGGACAUGUGCUCUCUGGACAACGACCAGCUCUUCACCAUGAAGUGGAUUGACGAAGAAGGAGACCCGUGCACCGUGUCCUCUCAGCUGGAGCUGGAAGAAGCUCUCCGUCUCUACGAGCUGAACAAAGACUCCGAGCUCAUCAUCCAUGUGUUUCCGUGUGUCCCAGAAAAACCUGGCAUGCCAUGUCCCGGAGAAGACAAGUCGAUUUAUCGGCGUGGAGCUCGACGAUGGAGGAAACUCUACUACGCUAACGGACACGCCUUCCAGGCCAAGCGCUUCAACAGACGUGCUCACUGCGCUAUCUGCACUGACCGUAUCUGGGGUCUCGGCCGUCAGGGCUACAAGUGCAUCAACUGCAAACUGCUCGUCCACAAGAAGUGUCACAAACUCGUCACACUGGAGUGCGGGAGACAGAUACAGGACCAGGUGUUGGAGCGAGGGGAUCAGGUCCUGCACCCAGGUGACCACCCAGAGCCAGUUCUCCCUCAUAAGAACUCCAGUGAGAGCAUCAACCACGUGGGAGAGGAGCAGGAGGCGGUGAGCAGCAGGGACCCAGGUAAUGCCCCCUCCAGUCUGGGUCUGUUGGAUUUCGACCUGCUCAGGGUGAUCGGCCGAGGGAGCUACGCCAAAGUGCUGCUGGUGCGCCUGAAGAAGACCGAGCGCAUCUACGCCAUGAAGGUCGUUAAGAAGGAGCUCGUUAACGACGAUGAGGACAUAGACUGGGUCCAGACAGAGAAGCACGUGUUUGAACAGGCCUCCAAUCACCCGUUCCUGGUGGGGCUGCACUCCUGCUUCCAGACUGAGAGCAGACUCUUCUUUGUGAUUGAGUAUGUGAACGGUGGAGACCUGAUGUUCCACAUGCAGCGACAGAGGAAGCUUCCAGAAGAACACGCCAGGUUCUACUCAGCUGAGAUCAGUCUGGCCCUGAAUUACUUACACGAGCGAGGCAUCAUCUACAGAGACCUGAAACUGGACAACGUCCUGCUGGAGUCUGAGGGACACAUCAAACUCACUGACUACGGCAUGUGCAAGGAGGGUCUGAGGCCUGGAGACACCACCAGCACAUUCUGUGGAACCCCAAACUAUAUCGCCCCUGAAAUCCUGAGAGGAGAAGACUACGGGUUCAGUGUGGACUGGUGGGCGUUGGGGGUGCUGAUGUUUGAGAUGAUGGCGGGCAGGUCUCCGUUCGACAUCGUGGGCAGCUCCGACAAUCCGGACCAGAACACGGAGGAUUAUUUAUUCCAGGUGAUUUUGGAGAAGCAGAUCAGGAUCCCCAGGUCUUUGUCAGUGAAAGCAGCCAGUGUCCUGAAAGGAUUCCUUAACAAGGACCCUAAGGAGCGUCUGGGUUGUCAUCCUCAGACAGGUUUUGCUGACAUCAUGGCUCAUCCUUUCUUCCGGAACGUAGAUUGGGACCUGAUGGAACAGAAGCAGGUGGUUCCUCCCUUUAAACCCAACAUCUCUGGCGAAUUUGGACUCGAUAACUUCGAUGCACAGUUCACUAACGAGCCCAUCCAGCUCACCCCUGACGAUGAUGAUGUGGUGAAGAAGAUCGACCAGUCAGAGUUUGAAGGUUUCGAGUACAUCAAUCCGCUGCUGAUGUCAGCUGAGGAGUGUGUGUAAGGAGAGCGGGGCGUGUGUGUGUGUGUGUUUUCUUGCACACAAAUUGUAAAUCUAAGAAGAGGUCUAAUCUAAGAUGAGGUGUGUGUGUGUGUGUGUUCAUGGAGCUACCAAUGUUUUAGCUCUUAAUUUUUUUUUUUACUCUCUAGAUUUGCACCUCGUUUUUUUCUCUCUCUCUCGCUCUCUUUUAUACACACACACACACACACACACAUUUCCUGUCCCUCUUCUUUUGGACCUUGGACACUAAUGACCAAAUAAAACUCUACACUUGGACACACACCAUAUAUCAGCAGUCAUAAUCAUGUAGCUUUCUUAUGCAUUCCUCGACAACACUAAGUCUACACACUACUCUCAUUCUGUAUACUGUGUGUGUGUGUGUGUGUGUGUGUGUGUGUGUGUGUGUGUGUGCUGGCCUUCCUGCCUUUUUGUUUUUAGAUGAAAUGAAACACUAUUGGAAUUCCACUGUUCUUAUUCCUGUUAUUUUUUUAUUAUUAUUAUUAUUAUUAUCGCUGUUAUUAUUUCUGUUUCUCUGAUGAAGCUGUUAAACUGGAAAAAAAAAAUCUGUUUUAAAUAAAAACACAUGGGAUAAUAACGAUGUUUACACUCGUCUUACAGUGAUUGCACUUUUAUAACUUUUAUUUAUUUUUUUGUUUUUAUACACUGAUGCUGCUGAGUGCUGUGGUCUGAUUGGUCAGAAGGUGUUGAUGCAUUCUCUGUAACAGCAGCCCUGACAAUAGCGCAGGGUUAUGUUAAUGCGCUCCCCCUGUCUAAUGGAUUACCGUUUCUAUGGUAACAGUGUGUAUGGACAGGCGAGGGAACAACGCACUGGUUAAAGCUGCUAUAACGCCGUCAUAUAAGAGGAGUAAAACAGUUGGGGUUGUGCUGUUAUUAGGUGGUAAUAAACUGUUUAUUCAGCAACUCUUCUAUCGGUCUGCAUUGCAUCAUGGAUUAUUUUCAUACAAAACAUAACAUCUCCGCGUCUUUUAUUCCUCAACUGGAGUUGAACUUGUUCCACUUCUUGAAGGUUGAAGUCAAGUUCUCUCAUGUAAGGCGAUUCCACUGAACAGCUCAUCAGUGCAACAAAUCAAAUAAAGCCAGCAAUGAUGUCACAUGA